CAUGGGUCGUGCAAAAUCUGGGCAGGGCAAUAGCAAAACUUUGCUUGUGCACUAUUCAAAGUUUCUUUCUCUGGAAAAAGGUGCGGCAGUACGGGAUAACUGUGAAUAAUUUCGAUUGUUAGAAUUUUUGCGACGGCAUAUCGUUGUCAGGGAAGCUACAGCUAGCUAUAAGAUGAUGCCAUUCUGCACCCUACAGAGGCUUGGCUUGUGCCUAUUCCUGACGGUGUUUUUUCACAGUCAAUAUUCUCGGUGCUCCGCUCAACUUGAUUGUAUCGAGCCAUCUACAGGCGCUUUGGCUAAAGGUUUUUUUGUUGAAGAUGGACUUUGCGUUGAUGCCGCCGAUGCAACCUUUUUUUAUGGUGUCCGAUCGGCCCCUAUUUCCGCCAACGGUAUCCAAGCUGGGGCGCCUACCGACAUACUCGUUUUGUUCGGCAGCCGCGGAAAUCCAGUUGAAGAAGCGUUCGACCCGAAAAAUUUCGGAUUGGAGAUUCCUGGAGGAGGUCGGCUUGUGGUUGACCUUUCCCCACAUUUUGUGUACGAUGCCACGGAGGCCUUGGUACCGCGAGAGAAUCUCCUUGUUGAGUUGGGAACGGCCAUGGGAAACCCCAUUGUGGGUGGUGCGUCUUGUUAUGAUCGUCUGGACGACGCGGCAGUCCUUGUUUGCGGCAAUUGGACUGCAUCGUUUGGCGACAACCGCAACCAGAUUGUCUACUCCCCAAACAGCCCGGUCGGCUUGGAGGGCAAUAGGGCCACCGAAAUCGGCGUGAAGUUAGCACACAUUCAUCCGUCACUAGCAACACCAUUCGAAUCUACUCUUUACCACAACGCCAACGGGACCUGCGUCACCUUGGAUGGCUUUUUACCGCAAUUUUGUAGAUUUGACGAUGAUUGCCCUGCCAAUGCUGAUUGUCAGAUUACCUUCUUUCUACAAGCAUCCAUUACGGCAACCGUAUACGACAUCGACAAUCAAAUUCUGCAAAAGGCGACGCAGUCGCUUACUUUUCGACAAGCUCCUGUAUAUGCUGUAUACAGUACCAACGUCGGCCUCUUUUCCAACCAAGAAUUGUUUGAAUCGGUCGACUACCAAUAUGUGGAGCCCAACACGCUGUGUCGCAAUACGAGUAUAGCCAAUUCAAGGGAAGCGUUUUCGUCUGCGGCGCCAUACGCUCCACGCUUCAUCAUGUUUGGACAAGCCUAUACCGAUACGACGUUCCCACACCCUGAAGUGGAAAAUUUGGUCGUAGAGAUCAAUUCUGAUACAAAAGGCACCGUAUUGAGUGCGGGCGCUCCAAUCGGCAGCAUCGACUUGGUGCAACCCGAGAACGCUGGAGGAUUUUUGGUAUCUGAAGGUGCCGGGGUGAUCCUCCCGAGUACUGUUUUCGGUGGCACAGCGUUUGCAACUCCUCUUCAAACCGGAAGCGUCCCUGGUUUAUAUGUAGUACGAGUAAUGAUGCUUGACGGAACGGCGGCCGAAUCCCGCACUGUGGUGCAAGAUAAUAUCGGAAGCCCGAGUACCCCAGCCUCCGCGGUGUCCCCUACCCUGUCACCGUCGGCCCUCAACCCCGCGUUACCGACCACUACAGUUGGUCCUGGCCCGUCGUCAGUGACUACCGCUACUUUAACGCCUGUGGAUGGCCCUGGCCCUCCGGCUUCGACGGUAGCACCGGCUUCAGCCUCGAGAUUCCGAUUAGGGAGCAUUAUUUGGAAUGCAGCGCUUCUGAUUUCGUUGUGGGGGGUAUCUCGUUGGUACCAGAGGUAG